AUGUCGACCAAGACUUAUACCCAAAAUCUCGUCAAAUCGGCGUCCAUCAAGGAGGCGUCGCUUCACGUCCGCCAGCCUGUCGAAUGGCACAUAUACGGUUAUCCAUUCUUGGUCCCUUACUCAAUAUGGGCAUACUUAUGGAUGUCACAAUUCGAAGUCGUCUUUGGCUCGCGUGAAUUUGCAUUCUUGACCCUCUUGCUGGCUAUGGCUCUCCAUGCUCUGGCCUUCUUGAUCUGUCAAUGGAGUGUCUCCAUCAAGACCUAUUUGACUUGUAGAGAUGAAUCUGAUCCGUAUCGAGCUCAAUUGAUCAAAAUUAUGCCAAUGCCACAUCAUGGUGCUGCUGGAAUAUGCGAGAUCAAUCGUACUUUUGUCAAAACGGAUGAAGGAAAUAUUCCACAACUAUCAUUCAUGUUUCAAAAGAAAAAGUUUCUGUAUAACGAUACCUUGAGGAGAUUCGUAAAGCUAGAUUUUCCUGCAUCAGGACCAUCAACAAUGUCCAAAUUCCAAGGUCUUGUUGGAUUAAAGACUGAUGCUGAGAUACAGAUGUUGGUGGAUAAAUACGGAGAAAACAGAUUCGACAUACCCAUCCCAACAUUCCAAGAACUAUUUCAAGAGCACGCCAUUGCUCCAUUCUUUGUAUUUCAAGUAUUUUGUGUGGGAUUAUGGUUUCUAGAUGACAUGUGGUAUUAUUCGCUCUUUACGCUAUUCAUGUUGUUUGUAUUCGAGUCUACCGUCGUCCUGCAGCGUCUGACGACACUGAGAGAAUUCCGAAGUAUGAGUAUCAAACCAUAUGAACUCUUAGCUAGACGUAAAGACUCUUGGGUACCCGUACAAACAUAUGAGCUGCUACCUGGAGACGUAGUAUCAGUAAUACGAUCCAAGGAAGACUGUCCAGUUCCUUGUGAUAUGCUUCUGCUUGACGGCAGUUGUAUUGCCAACGAAGCCAUGUUGUCGGGUGAAUCAACUCCUCAACUCAAAGAGAAUAUCUCGCUCAACGAUCCAAAAGAUGCAUUUUCUAUAAAUGAUGACAAACUACACGUACUAUUUGGAGGAACAAAGAUAAUACAGGUAUCUGCUCCUGGAUCAGAAGCUAAAUUACGUCCACCAGACGGUGGAGCGUUGGCUCUUGUCCUCCGAACAGGAUUUUCUACUCAACAGGGAAAACUAGUACGGACAAUAGUGUACAGUACAGAACGAGUCACUGCCAAUAAUUUAGAAUCCUUGCUCUUUAUUCUAUUCCUACUCGUAUUCGCUAUCAUUGCUUCAGCAUACGUAUGGAUUGAAGGAAACAAGAUGGAGGGUCGUAAACGAUCUAAAAUCUUGCUUGACUGUAUCCUCAUUAUAACAUCCGUGGUACCACCAGAAUUACCCAUGGAAUUAUCGCUCGCUGUAAACAACUCACUUAUAGCUCUAGCCCGAGCAUACGUAUUUUGUACAGAACCCUUCCGAAUCCCCUUUGCCGGCAAAGUGGAGGUAUGCUGUUUUGACAAGACCGGAACUCUGACGGCUGAAGAUUUACGUGUGGAAGGUGUAGCUGGCCUGACGGUAUUUAUAAACGUAUCCGCAACUCAGAAUUACGAAGAAGAGUUACGAAAGCCGAAUGAGCUGCCUGAUGAGACCAAUUUUGUACUGGCUGCUGCACAUGCUCUUGUCCAUCUCGACGAAGGUACCAUUGGAGACCCAAUGGAAAAGAACAGUGUUAACGCUAUUGGAUGGACUCUACUUAAAGGAGAUGUAGUGCAGCCACGACAAGGACCUAAACAUCAAAUUAGAAUAAUUAGGAGGUUUCCAUUUGCUUCAGCAUUGAAACGAAUGUCUACCGUAUCAGUCUUGGCUCAAGCUGGAUAUUCUCCCCGUACUUUGGUCGCUGUUAAAGGUGCUCCCGAGAUAUUACAAAAGAUGUAUACUUCUUUACCGGCCCACUAUGAAGCUGUGUACAAGUACUGGGCGAGACGAGGAAGUAGAGUUUUGGCGUUGGGGUAUAAGCAUCUGGAUGGUGUUAUAAAGGCCAGCGAGGCACGAGAAUUAUCAAGAGAUGCUAUGGAGUCUAAACUGACUUUUGCUGGUUUCCUGAUAUUCCAUUGUCCAUUGAAGCCUGAUGCUAUUGAAGCUGUGCGGAUGCUGAAUAACUCUUCUCAUCGGUGUGUCAUGAUUACUGGUGAUAAUGCCUUGACAGCGUGCCAUGUUGCUAAAGAAGUGGAGAUUGUGACUCGAAAAGUGUUGAUUGGAGAUGUUCGAGACUCUAAUGGUUUCACAUGGAGAUCAGUUGAUGAAGCGAUUGAUAUACGAAUAGACACGACAUUGACAAUCGAAGAUCCUCAACUCAAGAAAUACGACUUGUGUUUGACGGGUAAAGGUCUAUUAGAAGUACAAGACACUGCUUGUUUCAAUGCUAUACUGCCAAGGAUAUGGGUGUAUGCGAGAGUGUCGCCUAGUCAGAAGGAAUUCAUUUUGACUGCUCUCAGAAAGGCAGGAUAUGAGACAUUGAUGUGUGGUGAUGGAACGAAUGACGUUGGAGCGUUGAAACAAGCUCACGUUGGCAUUGCACUACUCAACGGAAGUCCAGAAGACUUACAAAAAAUGAUGCAACAGCAAAUGGAACGUCGCAAGCAAGCAAUGAUUGACCAACAAAAGGCCAUUCGUGAAAGAUGGGGUCUUCAACCAUUACCUGAUGCAGGAGCCGCUGCUGCUACAACAGCAGCAGUGGAUCCAAAUUCAGCAGAAGGCAAGAAACAGAAAUUGCUUCAACAACAAGCUAAAUUGGAAGAGCAAAUGAAUAAAAUGAUGGGAGAUACUUCUGAAGAGCCACCAACGCUGAAAUUUGGUGAUGCUUCUGUUGCUGCUCCUUUUACGUCCAAGUUGGCUAAUGUUGAGUCUGUCUGCAAUAUCGUGAGACAAGGACGAUGUACUCUUGUUGCCAUGAUACAGAUGUACAAGAUUCUGGCUCUAAAUUGUUUGAUUUCGGCUUAUUCUAUGAGUGUAUUAUAUCUUGCUGGAAUCAAACAAGGAGAUUGGCAAGCCACCAUUGCUGGAUUGAUGAUAACAGUGUGCUUUUUCAGUAUCGCUAAAUCUUCUCCAAUGAGGGAACUAUCAAAGAAACGACCACAGACAAACGUCUUCAACUUGUACCUUAUUCCAUCCAUUCUGGGACAAGCUGCCGUGCAUGUCUUUGCACUCAUGUAUAUUAGAGAACAAGCUAUAUUAUAUGCUGAGGAUCUAGAUGAAAAAUUCGAUCUUGACGCUGAAUUCCAUCCUAAUCUAUUGAAUUCGGGUAUUUAUUUGGUAUCGUUGAUUAUGCAGAUAUCGACUUUUGCUAUCAAUUAUCAGGGCCAUCCUUUCCGAGAAAGCAUUCGAGAGAACAAACCGUUAUGGAAUGGUCUCAUUUCAGUCACAUGCAUUGCGUGUCUAGCAGCUUCUGAAUUAUUCCCUACAUUGAAUGAUUGGAUGCAGCUUGUGCCAUUCCCUGGUGAUUUCAAGUACAAGUUAAUGGCAUGCAUGGGUCUUGAUUUCGGUGUUGCAUGGUUGAUCGAACAAGUUUGUUCAUGGAUGUUUUCUGAUAAUAAGCCAAAGGCUUCGCUGCUUUUAGAAUAG